CUAAAGAGGUAGUAAUUAUCGCUAUCUAAAGUGUGGUUAUAUUAAUGUGAUUUAAAGUAUAAAUUUAUUUUUAUAUUAAAAAUAUAAACCAUGCAGCGAGUACGACAUUCAAUCCGUCUCAUCGAUAGAUGUAGAAGAUUUUCAAAUUGUGCCACACUUUGUCAGACAGCAGAGAUACAAUCGAAUCCAGUAGAAAAAUUAACGAUUCCACUACCUAGUAACGUAGAAAAACCCGUUUCUCCUAAAAUUGAUAAACUAGCAACAGAAAUUUCUGAGUUAAAUUUAAUCGAAGUAUCAGAAUUGAGUUCGGUAUUGAAAAAGAGACUCAAUCUUCCCGACGCCCCGGUUUUCCCUGCGGGUGGUUUCGCGGUAGGAGCAGCUGCGCCUGCAGACGACGAGGAAGUGGAAACAAAAAAAGAAAAAUCAUCAUUUACCGUGAAAUUGAUGAAGUUCGAAGAGAAACAGAAAGUGGCUCUGAUUAAAGAAAUCAAAACGUUGGUUGAAGGAAUGAAUUUAGUACAAGCUAAGAAAUUCGUAGAAAGUGCUCCUGCCGUCGUGAAAACCGACAUACCUAAAGAUGAAGCUGAAAAAUUGAAAGCUGCAAUCGAAAAAGUUGGUGGUGUAGUUGAGCUUGAUUAAUUAUAUUAAGUAUAGUUGUAUUGUUGUAAAUUUUACAUUAAAAUUUUGAAUAAAUAAAUAAUAAUCAUUA